AUGGCGGCUCUAUUUGCCUGUACAAAAUGUCAUAAAAGACAUUCUUUUGAAGAACUCAGUACUGAUGAACAACUCUGUCAAGUUUGUGUUUUGUUUGACUGUAGUUUAAAUUUUAUUUUGUGUUUUCAUUUGAGUUUUCUGUUGAGUUUUCAUAUUAUUUUUUUUCUCUUAUUUUGUUCAGACUUUAAUCUGUGCUCAAGUUCAAUCUGCAAAGGUUGCAGUCACUUUUCGAAACUGCAUGGAAAGCCAAAAGCUUGUGAUUACUGCAAAGAGAUAGCAGCAUUUGUGGGCAACAAGUGUCAAAGAUGUACUCACCAGGAAAAGAAAUAUGGACAGCCGAAGUUGUGCGAAAGGUGCAAAAAUGUUUGUGCCUUUGAUCGGGGUAUAGAAUAUCGGAAGACCAUGGAAGGGAAACUUCUGUGCUGGCUGUGCAUUGUUGCCUACAAAAGAAUGUAUAAAAAGCAGAAGAAGCUUGAAUCUUCUAGCAGCAAGAAUACGAGUAGUAAAUGUUCACCAUUCAUCAACAACAACUCGUCCACUCCAACUAUGGGGCAGUUUGAGUUCGACUUUGGGUCGGGCGAGCACAUGACGACCAUAACACAGUUGAAGGAAACUAUCGAAUCUCUCAAGAGGCAGCUUCAGGCUAAGGAUCAAGUUAUAUUGCAGAAAGAUCAAAAAAUAACAGAGUUGAAGGCCCACCAGUUUGAGACGGAGAAAGAGAUGAGGAGCAAGGUGUUGCAACUUCAGAAAGGUCACGAUGAGACAGUUGAGAACAUGCAAGUUAGCUAUUCCAUUGUAUUGAUGAUCAUAUUAGGCUGUCUACGCACGUGCGCACGCACACACCAACAUUUUUUCAUAGAUAAAUAUCUUUUUAUACUCACAAAUUAA